GGAAAAGCAACUUGAAGAGUGGGGGCAACGGAGAUCUUCAUCGGAGUGGGUUUCUCCGGUCCGACAAAGCGGUCUUGGCGCGACCACGAACAGAUUUCGUCUUCUCACAAGCCUCAAACCUCCGACUGCACGCCCAACGACAUCCCCAUCUCCUCGACCACCACCACCCUCGCAAAUACCGCCAAAAUGGGUCGCGUCCGCACCAAGACUGUGAAGAAGUCCGCCAAGGUCAUCAUCGAGCGCUACUACCCCAAGUUGACUCUCGACUUCGAGACCAACAAGCGCAUUUGUGAUGAAAUUGCCGUGAUCGCUUCCAAGCGUCUGCGCAACAAGAUUGCCGGCUACACUACCCACUUGAUGAAGCGUAUCCAACGUGGACCAGUCCGCGGUAUCUCCUUCAAGCUGCAAGAAGAGGAGCGUGAGCGCAAGGAUCAAUACGUUCCAGAGGUGUCUGCUUUGGACUUCACACAGAACAGCGAGAGCGGUCAGCUGGAUGUGGACCAGGAGACCAAGGACUUGUUGAAGUCAUUGGGCUUCGACAGCAUCCCAGUCAACGUCGUCGCUGUCCAGCAACAGCAGGUCGCCGAGAGGCCUCGCCGCUUCAACGACCGUCCAGCUCGCGCUUAAGCCAUCAACAUUAUGGCUUUUACUCGCUACUAGGACUGCGACUUACGAUCAAAAGAGCUUGGAGGGUUUCAAAAAAAGGCGUUGGCGUUCUAUUGCAGUUCCGCUGCUACGAUACCCAUGCCUUGUUAGCUACUACUAGCUACUGCUCUCUUCGGAGACGCAAAAUGGAGCACUUUCCUCCACCCCAGGUGUCGCUGAGUCUGCUGUAAUGGCGACGAGGCUUGAUUGCCAAAUCUCCCGUUCCCACUCCCCUUUUCUCCAGACGUCGUAAUGUCAACACCGCUCCUUGCUGUCGCUGCCGGGCGAUCACAGUUCAACGGAAUGAGUCUUCCUUGGCCUGCUCAAGAUGCUCAUCC